AAUCCAACAAAUUUUAUAGGAAAGUUGAAAAAAAGAAGAGGAAAAAGACAUGUAAGAAAGCAGUUAUGAUAAAAAUAAAAUAACAGCCUAUUUUGUCUCCAAUUCUUUCUCUGAUAUUGAUUCUGCUUCAGAAAUUAUCCAGAAAAAGGUUGUGUGCUUAAUGAUAGCAUUGUGUGAACGGAUCAAUGAGUACAUCUGCUCUGGGGAGACCAUCUUCAGGCAAAAGAAGAUUGAAAGAUCUCUUAGGUCAAAGUGAUAAUCGUGUAUGUGCAGAUUGCGAGGCUCCUGACCCAAAAUGGGCAUCAUCAAAUAUUGGAGUGUUUCUAUGCUUAAAAUGUUGUGGUGUUCACAGAAGCCUUGGUGCGAAUAUUUCAAAGGUUUUGUCUGUGGCAUUAGAUGAUUGGGACGAGGAAGACAUUGAAGCCGUGAUUGAGGUUGGUGGGAAUGCAUCAGCGAAUUCGAUUUAUGAAUCUUACCUCCCCGAAGGGGUGACAAAGCCAGCACCCGAUGCUGGCCACGAAGAACGCACACAGUUUAUCAAGUCUAAAUAUGAGCAACAAGCAUUCUUGAAGCCUAGUCUGCGUAUUCAAUCUGGCUCCGCUGCAAAGAAUUCUUCACAAGUGAAUUCAACCCGAGAGAUUGUCAACAGCAAACAAAGUUCGAAUUCAGCAGAAGACUCAGAAUAUAUUGGAAAGAUGAAGGUUAAAGUACUCAGAGGCUCGAACUUGGCUGUUCGGGACAUGCUAUCUAGCGAUCCAUAUAUUGUGUUGACUCUCGGGAAGCAGAAAGUGCAAACGAGUGUGGUGAAUAGCAAUUUGAAUCCGGUGUGGAAUGAGGAGCUUCUGCUUUCCAUCCCACACGAUUACAGCCCAGUAAAACUGCAAGUUUUUGACCAGGACACAUUCUCUGCUGACGACAUAAUGGGAGAGGCGGACAUAGACAUGCAGCCGAUGAUAAACUCAGCAAUGGCAUUCGGAGACGCUAAGAAGUUCUCGGACAUGCAGAUCGGGAAGUGGCUGAAGUCAUACGACAACGCGCUGAUAGAGGAUAGCCCAGUGAAUAUUGUAGCUGGGAAGGUGAGGCAGGAACUAUGGCUGAGGCUCCAGAAUGUAGAAUCUGGUGAAGUAGAACUUGAACUAGAGUGGCUUCCUCUUUGAACCCCAUUUCUUUUCCCCCCAUUGUUUUCAUUUUUUAGAAUAAAUUUGAUCAUGUAUGAAGUUUUUCUGUGUUUUUAUCUGUUUAUAUAUAGCAUGUAUUCGAACUUUUUUUUGUUUAUAAUCUGGAUUAUAUAUAUAGAUGUACACGAUCAAUGUAUAUUAAAAAGUACCUUCUUGUUAAUUGAAUCAUAUCUUUC